AUGACACUGCAUCUCUCUCUUAGGCCACCGACCAUGGCAUUGAAUCUCGUUCGUGUGAUGGAACAUACUGGUAAAACAUCUGAGGCCCUCGCCAAGCUGCUGUCACUAAAAGCCACAGAGGCCACAAUUGUCGAUAUGGGUCCCCAGUUCAGCCAAAAGAAAACUGGGUUUGAUGAAUUUAACUGGGAAAAAUCUGAUGAUCGAGACCGGUUGACGAAGUGUAUGGAGAAAAGAAUACCGGUCGAGUUGGUUCAUCGUGGUGAUAUCAUCAAAGUCUGUCCGGGAGAGAAAGUUCCCGUAGAUUCCAGGGUAAUCUGUGGUAUAUCUGCUUGUGAUGAAUCCCUGAUCACUGGGGAAUCUAUGCCGGUGGAUAAACAACCAGGUUCUGAUCUCAUAGGUGGUUCCAUCAAUCUCACCAAUGUGAUUUGGGCCAAGGCAACACAUGUCGGUAGCGAUUCCGCAUUGGCUCAAAUCGUCCGUUUGGUCGAAGAGGCUCAAACAUCCAAGGCACCAAUCCAACAACUAGCCGAUCGCAUUGCCAGUUACUUCGUUCCAUUUGUUUGUUUGAUCUCGUUGACCACCUUCUUCGUUUGGAUUGCGUUAGGCCUAUUUCGACCGGAAACUGUCAAAGGAUACGAGCCUGGAUGUGCUAUUGUCCAGUUGGCCGUAGAUCACGCGUUCCGAAUGGCCAUCAAUGUGCUCACAAUUGCUUCUGGUUCCAUUCUUCGACUCAUUCCUAGUCGGAUCAACAUACAUUACGAUUCCCUCGCUCAGCACGUAGGCGGUAUUCUCAGUGAUAAAGAUGAAUUUGCUCCUGAGCUUCGAAUAAACCUUUUGAUUUGCAUAUCUGCUUACAAGUUUAACAAUGCGUUACAAGCUAUCAAACAUGUGUGUUUUGUUUACCAAACCCGACCUCUUCUCAUCCAGUUAACAACAAUACUAUUCGAUAAAACCGGUACCAUUACCCAAGGGCGUCCACAGGUUAACCGUCUGGUUAUGUUCAUUCCUAACGACAAUAGUCCUCAGGCUGAUCGACUUGGUUCACCGGUGACUAAUUCAAACCAUCUGAAAUUGUCUACUAAAAUAUCUCCUAGUCGACUGCUAUAUCUUUUGGCCAGUGCUGAAUCAACUGUGAAACAUCCUAUCGCCAGUGCAGUUGUAAAUCUAGUUCGUGUAUUCCGUCGAGAAACCGAUUUAUCUGAAUCGAACCCUUUAUCUCCGAAUUCAUCUGAUUUGGCCGCCGCCCAACCUAUCAGUUCAGCACAUGAGUACGGAGAAAACCCUCUUAAGUCUGCUCUAAAUGCACCCGCGUUUGAAUUUGCCCAGGUAUGCCGUUACUGUUGA